AUGCACUCGAUGCACGGCAACUCCGUAAGCAAUGUUGACAGUCCUCGAGAAGUCAAAGCCUUGUUCGAGGCCUUUAUUCCUGAGUUAUCAGGGGCUGCGCUGUAUGACGUCCUUCGUCACGAACUUGGUCUUGUCGUCGUCAGAAAACUUAGAGACUCACUUCAGUUGAAGCAUGCUGCUUUACAAAAAGCCAAAGGCUCUGUGCCACCAACGGACACAGCAACAGCCUCGAAGUCUGAUGUUUUUGUCCGUGCCACCAAAGAAGAUGCUUGGCAGGUUGUCUCUCACAAAAAGGCUCGGAAACCUUUUGACGAGUUCGUUCUUCGCAGUCGUGAGUGGAAUGUGCCCCCUGUGUCUGCAACGCAGUUGGUCUCCAAUAGCACAGGUGUGGCCUUAGUUGACAACACUGAAGCAGAGCGUAAGAUGGCCAUGGUUCAGUCUUCUCAGCCAUUGGCUAUGAUCACUGAGAAGCCACUAGAGGGUGCCUCUAGCACUCGUUGCGUCAAGGUCAGCUUCACAUGUCAGGACGGAGACAAGAUUACCCCAAAGAGUGGCUUCUUGUACCAGCUUGGCAGUGGUGAUGUGACUCGUGUUGUUGAUCAACACUGUGCUGUGCUGAAGCAGUCCGUUGAGACUACUUCCUUGGUGUGCGAGAUUGAAGCCGUUGAAGGUCCAACACUUUGGAAGAAGCUCCGUGCAGUGCUCGGCAAAACUGAGGGUGACGACUCAGCCAACAAACCGGCAAUCAAAGACGUGAUCCGGCGCCUGAUCGCAGACCUCGGUUUGCAAGCGCCUGUGGACGUCUGGUUGCGUCCUACCUUCGUGCAUGAAUCGGCAGGUAGAAAGGUUCUCCAAGCAAUGGUGCGCAUUCACACCUCCGAGUUGUCCAAGUAUUUGAAGAUGUCCGGUCCCUCUGGCGUUUUCUUUCAAGAGAUGAGAACGAGAGACUCCGUGACGGAUCAUAGUGUGAUUUGGUUGCCAAAGGGUAACGGUUGCAAGGAAGCACUCCAGCAGGCAGCAAAGCUUGCUCCAGACACAGUGUUCGGACUCGCCAGGACCGCGCGAAGCCGCGGAGUACGAGUCCUCAAGUCGGCUGAAGAUGCCACUCGCAAGGUGCUUCGUCCUGACCAUAUCGCGGACGGAUUGCAAGUGACUGGCAACUGGGAAGUUUUGAAUUCGCCCAUCGGUGCAAUCUCAAAGGAGGAUGUUCGAUUGGCUUUAUCUGCAAAGUGGAAGAUUCGGCCACUUUUUAGCAAAGUGGUCAAUGGCACACGAACGUGGACAGUGGCGGCGGAGCAAGAUCCGCCGGAACCUGUCACGGAGAUUUUAGUUGAUGCAAGUGGAAACACCCGCAUGUUGGAGAUUCGGCCAAAGAGUCGCAAGGCUCCUGCAAGCAGCCGCAAGGAUAUAACGCAGCACUCUGUCGUUGCACCCGUGGUUGUCCCGGAGGUUGUUGUCAAGACGCCAGAACCGGCUCCUGACCACAACCCCGCUGAAGUUCUGUCCAGCAUGAAGUCCAUGAUGUUACAGAUGCAGGCCAUGGUUGCCUCUGUCGAGAACAUGGUGCAGAAGCAAUCUGAGUCAAGGGAGCCGGCUAAUGUGCCGAUGUCUCCUCCUCACUCGCCGAAGAUUGUCCAGCCUGCUGCCUCUCCCGACGGUGCAAAGUCCAAGUCUCGCACUCCCCGACGCACGUGGCAGGGCACUCCGCACCGGAGUGCCGUGAACGGGGGCCCGUCCCGUGACGACGACCGCUUGAUCAACAGCUGGCGGCCGGGGCUGCCCCUGCCCCCUGACCCUGCUGCCAUGCUCACCGAUGCCGCUGUGGCCGGGUCCUUCGAAUGGCGCUUUGCGGAAGUUGCACGCCUCGAAGAGCUCCAGUCUGACAUGCUAGCUUGCUACCGCAUCCGCUUGUCCGGAUGCCCGACCUUGGAGAAACGGCACUUGGAGAUUUUUAACGGAGACCGUAAAUUUUGGGUCCUGAAAGACGAGCUUUUGACGCUUGUCUUGAAAGAUUUAGAAGGGAUGGUUCUCUUUCACCUGCCGCUGCUUUAUAGGAGACUCACGGGCUCUUUCCAGAGCGCCACCGCAGACCUCGACCUUGAGCAGCAGGGCUCUUCCAGGAGGGAGGAGGAGGAGGAGGAGGAGGAGGACAAGGAGGACGAGGAGGACGAGGACGACGACGACGACGACGACGACCAGCAGGGCUGUUUGCAUCCCUGUUGCCGCCGCUUGAUGCUCUUUGAUUGUCCACGCUUGGCCACUACUUUGCAGGUUUCCCAGGAUCAAUCUCCUGGCACGCCUGCUGCGGCUGGAGACUUUGGCUUCAAGGUCUUGACUUCAUCAGAUCCUGAGGAGAAAACCAAGAAACUUUCAGCCGAACUUGCCAAUGGCCGCCUUGCGAUGAUGGCCAUCAUCGGGAUGUUCUUUCAGGAUGGUCUGACUGGAAGCGCGUGGGGUGACUGGGCCAACUACACAGCCUCCCCGCUCCGGGCUUUUGAGAAUGAGCUGGGUGUGCAGGCGCCCGUGGGUUUCUUCGACCCUUUUGGACUGACCAAGGAUGGAGACGUGGAGGCCUUCAAGCGCCGCCGCGCAACAGAGCUGAAGAACGGACGAGUGGCCAUGUUGGCCACCAUGGGCUACAUCGUCCCGGAAUACUUCCGCUUCCCAGGAUACUGCUCUCCCACUGAAGGGGUGAAAUUUGCUGAUGUGCCCAAUGGCUUGGCAGCACUUGGGAAGGUGCCUGCAGCUGGGUGGACACAGAUCUUCCUCGUCCUUGGUCUGGUGGAGAAGGGAAUCUACACUUAUGAUCCUACUCGUUCCCCUGGCGACUUCAAGAGUGCAGGUGUGCUGGGCGCGCCCAACGGCAGCACAAUGGUGCCUGGUGAGGGACGCACUCGCAAGCUGAACUCCGAACUCGCCAACGGGCGCCUGGCAAUGAUGGCAAUCAUUGGCAUGUUUUUUCAGGAUGGCCUCACUGGCUCUGCCUGGGGGGAUUGGGCAGCGUACACCGAUUCCCCUCUGAGAGCCUUCGAGAACGAGCUUGGUGUCCAGGCCCCAGUGGGCUACUUCGACCCCAUGGGCUUGGCCAAGGACGGGGACGUGAAGACCUUUCGCCGCCGCCGGGAGAGCGAGCUGAAGAACGGCCGUGUGGCGAUGUUCGCCACUAUGGGCUUCAUCCUGCCGGAGUACUUCCGCUUCCCUGGCUACCUCUCGCCUGCGAAGGGGCUCAAGUUCGCUGAUGUUCCAAAUGGCUUGGCAGCACUCUCCAAGGUUGGGAUCUUGGGUGCAGUCUAG